AUGUCACAUAUCUUACAAUCUGGUGCAGUUUAUGGCUUAACAUCUGCCAUUACAGCCACCACGUACUUACUAGAUCGAUUGAAUGCAACAUCCAUUCUUGAUCUUCAUAUACUGGCUGCUAAUGUUUCUCCUAUGACUGAAUACCCUACUGCUUAUUAUAUUCGUCGUGACCGUAAGGAUAAACAAAAGCAAAUUAAAGUGUUUGCUAGUGGCGGAGUGCAAAAAUAUACCAUUGAACGGUUAUCAGCUCUUCAUCCAGUAUGGAAGCUCAUGACCUAUCCUCAAAGACAAGAGGUGGCUACCAUUAAUGCUGGUUUCAGUACGAGAUCGGUUGAUUUCCAUAACAAGGCAGGAAUAUCCCAUAGAGAUAUCACUGGGGAUAUGGGAUUAGGUGGUCGGUACCGUAGUUUCUAUUUGAAUGACGGUGCCAAAUACAGUUGGACUCGAGGUUCCAAAUUCUUGGAGAAAGUCAUUAAUCCUUAUGGAGGUGUUGAAGAAACAAGAGAAAGAGUCGCCAGAGUGAAAUUGAUGAGACAAUUCAAGUUUGACUUUGAAUUGCUUGUAGAUGAGGCAAAACUCGACCCAGAAAUAGCUAUAGCUACUGGGUUCGUAUCCAUGUUGACCCAAUGGGGUGUUGGUGAAUCAACUGAUACUGUUGGACCAACCUUUAUUGCUGAAAAACCAAUUCAAGAAGAACAACAAGUAGUCGUUGUUGUUGAAGAGAGUGAUGAAGAGGAUUAA